AUAGUUUUUUGCGAAACCGUUGCACAGGUGUUUCUGGCACCCAAAAAAUGUAGACUUUCAGGUUCCACCAUGAAUGUUCGCUGUUUUUUUUUGCCUCGGACAAGUUUCGGUGUUCAUUUUUCGCUCACCACCUCGCUCAAGGAUGGCCACAUUUGCUAGCACGUGUCUUCUCGUAUGCAAAACCACUCGCCGCAAAAAAUGUGCGGCCUGCAGGUGUGCAGUUGCGUAACAAUUUUGCCAAAAAAGUGACUUUGUUCGUGUUAAUGAGCCGCAGUGUUGCCCGACCGCAUCUGGAUAGAAUGGCAGGCGGCAUGGAUGUGGCAACGGCAGAAAGCGGACAGUGACGAAUUGGCCUGGUAGCAACACCUGGGGAGCGUGAAAGCUCAAAAAAGCGCGAUGCCCGCGUCUCCGUCGUCGCGAUACAUCCAGCCAAUCGCGUGCAAGAGCUUUACACACAUAUAUAGGGUCACUUUAGCGUACAUUUUUCAGUACGCUCGCUAAUACACACUCAAAUCGUGAUCAACACUAAAUAGAGAGGCGAGCGGUUGGCGCGCGACUUUCGAAAGCCCCCAGCGCACUGAAUCGCAUGUGACUUUCCGAAUUUUCUCCCAAAUUUCCGGACUUGCGACGCGUUGUGCGAGCAUGCAACGUACCAACGGCCGCCCCAGUGCCAAAUGAGAGUUGAGAGAACUUUGCGCCCCCUUUGAACUCUGCUGUUCGCCGCCACACGCAAAACGGUUGUGCUGCUGAAGAACAUGUUGUCGCCCUUGCGCCCUUUCGCCCAAUGCCGGCCCCCAGCCGCCCUCAAGUUCUUUCUGAUCAUUUCCGCGCUCCCGUUCACGAUAGACGGCGCCAAGUCCGCCAGCGGCUACAGCCACCAGGUCCAGCCCCAGGACGAGCCGCUCUCCACCAGCCUCUUCGACAUGGCCUACCCCUCGAUGCCGGCCUCGCCGCCCACCUCGACCUGCAGCUUGUGCAAGAGGCGCGAAGAGCUCAAAGUGCGCAACCUGGCCAUCAUCAAGGAGGAGAUCCUCAAGCGGAUGGGCUUCAGCCAGCCGCCCAACAUCACGGGGAAGGUGCUGCCGCAGGUGCCUUCUCACUAUAUGGCCAAGAUUGAGGAGGAGCACGGCAUGCAGGGCGACCAGCCCUACAAGACCGGCCUCACCUACACCGAGGAGGACGACGAGUACCAUGUCCGCACUCAGAAGGUGCUCACCUGGGCCGAAACCCAUCCGCGAAUGAGGCACAUGAGUUGGAAAGUGAACGACGUGCUGCACUUUCCCUUCUCAGACAGCAUCACCAAGUUCCACGUGGCCAACGCCACAUUGAACUUCUUCGUCCGGGGCGGAUCGGAGCGCAUGGCUGGGCCUCACGACGUCCUGAUCGACAUCUACAAGGUGGUGAAGUUUGGCGACCAUUCGGAGCCGCCCGAACUGGUGCGGGUCAAGAGCUGGAAGGAGCCGUGGCUGCCCGGACGGGGCAAAUGGAUCCAGACCGACUUUACGGCCACAGUCGGCGAAUGGUUCAAAAAUGGCAAGGAGAACUUCGGGUUCGUCAUCAAUGCGACCGUCAAUGGCAAGAAGUUGGCCGUGACGGACUUCAACUCCGAGAAAUCAAAGGCUCCCUACGUGGAAACGGCGGUGAUGGAGCCAAAGCGACGCAAGCGGCGCAACUCCGGGCUGAACUGCGACGAAAAGGCCAACGAGCCGCUGUGCUGCCGCUACAGCUUCUACGUGGACUUUGUGGAGAUCGGGCUCGACUUUAUCGUGGCCCCCAAGCGGUACGAUGCUCACAUGUGCUCGGGGGAGUGUCCCUACCUGACGCUGCAGAAGUACCCGCACACGCACUUGCUGAAAAUGGCGCAGCCGAACUCAGCGGCGCCGUGCUGCGCCCCCCGCAAAAUGUCCGCGAUUUCCAUGCUCUACUUCGACGACAAACUCAACCUGGUGCUCAGCAGCCUGCCCGGCAUGGUGGUGGAUCGCUGCGGAUGCUCAUAAUGACCACGUAUUUUCGAUAGUAUUUCCGGAACUGGUAUACCAUUUUACUUAAUUUCGUAUUAGUGUACCGGGUGUGUCACGGCAUGUUCAGUGCCACUCGCUCGAUUUGCUAAUUGGCCUCCAGUUCCCUGAUUAUUAAGUCGACUCCGCACCACUCCACGAAACGGCACUGGAUUUUGUGCGGACCCGGUAUUGAUACACAUAUAAAUAUAUAUAUAAGGAUGUUUGUUCUAAUGUUAUUUGUACAAAUGUGAUAUAUCUUAGGAGGUAAGUUGGUGGAUGGCCGAGUCACCUUCGCGGCCUCGAGAAUAUUGACAGCGAAUCGCCGGCUCUCCCAACAAAACUUUCAACGCUUAUCAGGACUGAUAAGUCUUUGCAGAAUGGCCUGAGCUGGUCAAUGUUCGCCGGAGGGGCGGCUGCGGCCCGCCCAGGGCGGUUUUCGGCCAUUCAGUUUGUAUUUUUCUAUCGAUAUUUGGGGCGAGGAUGCGGCCGAGCAGAGUUUUGACGAAAUUUUUGUGAUAUUAUCAUGCCUUAGAUGUUAUUUGUCGGAAGGGGGAGCGGGAAUUGUGAUAACGAAUCAAAAUUUACUAUUGAUCGAAUUGCGCCUAUCGUUGUAAGGUUAAGUUAAUCGUGUAAACGGAAGCUGAUGAGAUGAUGAGAGUCUUUCUAGCCAGCCUCUGUCGAUCCUUGUAUGUACCUACGGGGCGGUCAACAACUGGCGCCCCCAAGCCCACGUACAGGAUACGCGAACGAGUAAAUAUACAUAUAUUAAUACAAGCACAUAGAUCUCUAAAAGACCCCCUAGAUUAUUGUUAGAUACCAAUUUGUUUGUGAAUCGGCCCUCGUUGGGGCAAAGCUCGAAGCUUUGGUAACUAAUAUUUAGUCCCUUUUCCCACACACUCGCUGGAUUCGCAUUUCGAGCCUUGUCUGCCAAUCGGAGGGCCAGUGUCUCUUCGCUUAUUACUGAUGUACAUUUUAUUCUACUGUAUGAUGAGAUUUUGCUAAAUAAACUUGAAAACCCAUGCGAACA